CCGAGUCUAGGUUAUCUUAUCUGCUGUAGUAAAGUUAUAAAGCUGACGUGAAACGAGCGGUGUAAUAUUACAACCGCCGGAGCUGGUAACGACCACUGCUUUCCGCCAUGUGCUCUGUUAUUAGAAAAGAGUUCCGUUUACGCAACGCCUGGCUCAAUUUCGAGCACCCGGAGUACUUCGGACGUUCCCAGUUAGCCUGCAGUACAAACAUAAGUUCAAAAUGGACCUGUGCGGGGUACAUCAUCUACCGCUUGCUGAUUGCCGGUUAUGCAUGUUUUGCCCUUGCGAACGUCUUCAUCGGGGCGGCAAAAGACGACCACGUCAACACGAUGUCACCCAACGUAACGCAGCCACGUCACUACCACACCAUGGUCUUUCUGACUGUUUGGUCCUACCUGCUUCUCACCUGUCAUCUUGUACUAGCGCUCAUAAUAGCCCUAGUCUAUUUAAAAUACUCAAAGACGUCAUCGACUGACUGUCAGCUGAAAAGCGUCACCAUUUCCGGGUUUUACGACAACGCGUCCUUCACCUCCGAUAACGCCAAUGGUUUGGUGAGAGAAAACAACAAAAGCGUGGUCUUGGACAAGGAAAAUAAUGUAAAAAUUAUCGACGGUACCAAACCAGAUUUGAACGCUUCUAAUCCAGACAUCGACAAUAGCACAGCCAUCCUUCCUUGGUAUUCGAAAAUAUCGUGGAUCCUUUCAAACAUAUUGUCGUCGUUCGCUAUAAUUGUGACUGCAAUAUUUUUCGGUGUGUUGUACACACCGACGGCCGGUAUAUCCCUCGAAGACUUAAACGUCCACGCCCUUAACACCGUCUUCAUCGUCGUCGACAACUUUAUUAGCGCCCGCCCCGUGCGACUUCUACACGUCAUAUACCCCGUACUGUACGGCAUCGUCUACGUCCUUUUCAGCCUCAUUUUUUGGGCAGUUGACCAUCGCAACGUCAUCUACCCAAUCGUUUUAGACUGGAACAACGUCGGACUCACCCUUGGUGUUACUAGUGGUAUCGUGGUGUUAACGUUUGUACUUCAUAGCUUUCAGUUUGGUUUAUAUCGUUUGAAACUUUUUGUUUAUGGCAAAUGUCGUUCAGUCUGACGUUGCCAUGUUUUCACUUUAAUCAAAACUGAUUCAACCAUGACCCGGAAAACUAAAAGCGGUGUUCUUACCUUUGUCAAGCUCAGACACUUAAUGGUUACCGUGUUUCUUAUAUCCAUAUACACAUCCUUACCCAUUGCAUUCAUUUGACACCUCUGACAAUGUGUGUCAAUUCAUAUUUAGGACAGGGCGGUGGGGUAGCCUAGUGGUUAAAGCGCCCGCUCGUCACACUGAAGACCCGGGUUCUAUCCCCUCAUGGGUACAUUGUGUAAAGCCCGUUUCUGGUGUCCCCUGCCUUGAUAUUGCUGGGAUAUUGCUAAAAGCGGUGUAAAACCAUACUCACUCACUCAUAUUUAGGACAAUGAGAACAUCUUGUGUAUUUUACUCAUUGUGCAUAAGUCUCGUAUAUUACUCGUAUUUUAGUCGAAAGUAAGUGUGAUCAAUUAUCUUCUUCUUGACAAUUGCACUAUUGCAUCUUAGUAUGUUUUUAAACUGUGUACAGCAUAACCCAAUUAUUGAUCACGGUGGGGCUGCCCUCCAGUCGUACGUCAAUAUCAACAAUGUAAACCAGCGACCUUAAUUAGCGUGAAUCAUAUGACGUGAUGAUGAUUACUUUCGCCCUUUAAUGUAGAUUUCUUCCUGGUGAAAACUGAAUCUCGUGUUGUCUCACUCAGGUGUACUUUGCUGUUGCUAUAGCAACCUCGUUGUGUUUUCAUGUUCGGUCUUCGAAAUCUGCAGCUGUA